AUGUGGUUCCCUCUUAUAAAAAACUACCAUAAUUCUCAUUUCUUCCUUUGUCUUUCAUUUCACCGUCCCGUUGUCUUUCGUUGUCCCCUGUCUUUGUCUUUCGUUCUCCCCUAUCUUUGUCUUUCAUUUCACCGUCUCUUUGUCUUUCGUUGUCCUCUCGCUUUCAAUAUCCCUUCCGUCUCUCUUUUCUUAACUCCUCCUUUUGCCUUUUGUUGUCUCCCCUCUUUGCCUUUCCUUGUCUCUUUCCUUUGUUUUUUGUUGUCCUCUAACUUGCCUUCGAUGCCCCCUCUAUUUGUCUUUCGGUGUUCCGUGCCUUUGUCUUCCGUUAUCCCCACCCUUUUGUCUUUCGUUGUCCCCUUCCUUUGUCUUUCGUUGUCUCCUUCCUUUGUCUUUCGUUGUCGCCUUCCUUUGUCUUUCGUUGUCCCCUUCCUUUGUCUUUCGUUGUCCCUUAUUUUUUUCUUUUGUUCUCGUUCUUUGUUGAGUCGAUUAUCUAUCUAUCUAUCUAUCUAUCUAUCUAUCUAUCUAUCUAUCUAUCUAUCUAUCUCCCCUAUAAUAAUACAGCGCAGUGUACAGUGUCAGAUGUCGAAGGAGCCGCGUGGCGUAGUGAAAUCAAUCGUUCAAAAAAAGACAGUUAAGGCCAGUCAACGCCAUUGUCGUUAUGGGAAGGCAGAUUUCUCAUUUGAUGUUACCGCUACCACUGCCUGCUCUUCUCCCUAUCCUAUAUUUUGA